AUGUCGGGAUCCGUCAACCCAUUCGCAGAGGCGAUGAGACGUGGAAGUGAGAGGGAAGAAAGCGAUAAUGAUGAAAGUUUAGGAGUUGAAUUAGAGCGACAGAUAUCACAAUUCAACGACAUGAAAUCAGCUAUCGACCAGAUGACCCCUUUAUUCACCAAUCUUCGAAACCAGUGUAAAAACCUCAAAGAUCGCAAGGAAACUCUUGAGAACGAUGUAAAUACCCGAACAAACGAAAUCACCAAACUCAAUUGUGAAAUACAGAAUCUCGCCACUGAGAAAGAGUUCUUGUCAAAUACUGCUUAUCUGGCCAACAACAAAGAUGGUACAUCGUCAUCUUCAUCUUCCUCACAGAACCUCUUACAAGAGGGAGAUGUGAUAGGAAAGCUGACUAGACGCAAUUGGUUGUUGGAAGAACAAGUGAGACAUGUCAAACAAGAGACGAUCGACAUGAAGAGAAGAUGCGAGGAAGACAUAGAAAGAGAAAGAGCUAUUUCAUCAGGAUUAAGAGAUAGGAUUUCUGAUCUUGACACUAGGAGAAAGAAUCUCAAAGAUGUCAAAGAUCGGAAUGAUAUCACAAUCAGAGAAUUGCAAAGUCAAAUAGAUAUCGUACAAAUGGAAAUCAGAGAUAUACAUGAAAAAGCAAACAAGGACAAAGACGAUUUAGAAGAUUCUUUGAGAAAAGAAAAGAAGGAAUUGGUUAAAUUGAAAGAGGAAUUAGGUGGAUUAAGAGCAGAAAGAGAAGCUGCUUUGGCGGAGGUUAGAAAGAUGAAAGAUGAUAUUGCAGCUCAAAGUAUUAAAAGUCCUCCCCGCAUCUUACAGCCUCAAAAUCCAAAUUUACCACUCUCGCAAAUCUCUACUCAACCUAUGACACCUACAAAACCUGUAUCAUGUAAACCUUUUACACCACUUUUCACUUCUCCUUCAAGUCAUGCUCAAGCAGCAUCCCCAUCUUCCGUCGCAAGACAGCACUCACACCUUCAAGCUGCUUAUACACAUUUGCAGAAGACUCAUAAAUCACUGAAGAACCAAUAUGAUAAUUUGAGGAAAAUUCAUCAAGAAGAUAUCGAUCAUAUGAAGAGAUAUCAAGCUUCACAAAUUGAACGAAAGAAGAAGAAAGAAGAAAGGAAAUCGAAAAAGAAAGAUGAACGGUCUUUAUCAAAUAGUCAAUUUGGAGGAGAAGGUUCAGUCCUCAGUUCAGGAACAACAGUACAUAAUGAGACUAAGGUUGGUCUAGUAUUGGUGGAAGAAAGUGAAUCUGUCCCAAAAAGUCGAAAAAAAAGCAAUCGUUCACAGCAAGCUGAGAAACACAUCGUGCGAAAAAUGGGCGAUGAAGAAGAAUAUAUGGCUUAUGCCGAACAUGACCAAUCUGCAGAAAUUGAGGAAGGAGUUUGGAGAGUAGACCCUGAUAUGACAAGUGAAGAACUUGUCAAGGCCAUCAAUUUGUUUCAAUUACCUCAAUUGGUCAAUCAUUCCAGGUCUAAUGUCGAUAGUUCGCGCAACAUACCGAAUAGUAUACCUCAAGCAGCACUUGCAACUCAAAUCACCGAUGGACGUCAAACUGAAACUGACACAAUUUCGCAGCAACAAACAAGGUCUUCUACCAGGAAUGCAAAAGCCGUCGAAAGAGGUGAUAAUGCUGCUCCUGCAGUACCUCAACCACAAACAAGCUUAUCCACACCUCGUCCUUUACCCGCUCAAAGCAAGAGGUUCAUUCAACCUGCUCAUGUAACCCCUUGGUUAGGCAUAACUUCUGGCACUCCAGCCAGCAGUUCGAAAGAUAGACGCAAACUUGGGCCUACCAGGAGCAGGGUAUUGGACUUGAAUGAUGAGGAUGAUUUCGCUUCUCCACCUGAUGAGACCUACACUCCUACAUCUGCCAAAACCCCUUUAAUCAGGGAUCGAUUGGGCAAAACUUCGGCUGUUGGUGGAGGAGAUUCUUUGAGAAAAAUGCUAAUGAAACACGCCUACCCUCAAAAUGAAUAUCAUCGAACUCCUGCUCCCCUCGUUGGUCAGCGAAGCGGUACUUCAGUGGAGCUCAAUGCCUCUAUGGCAGUUCAGAAUACCCUUUCCACCCCCACUGGCACAUCCAUGAGGAAACGUAAAAUUGCUGAUCUGGAGACAGGAGGAUUGACACCUGCCGAGAAAGCAACAAAGUUGAAAAAGUUGGCAAAAAUGCCUGCUAGUGAGAAGAGAGAACUUUAUGCUUCGUACAAGGGAAAAGGAAGAUAUGUCCGACCAGAAGAAGUGAACACGUCAGUUCGAGAGGAAUUCGAAAUUGAUCCUUCGGCCAAUGAAGGUGCUAGUUUUGCUUUUCACGAUGUGAAACGAAAAAGGUCAGAGAGGAAAAAUAUGCAUGGAGGUGAUUGUGAAUGCUGUAGAGAUUACUACGAUGCUGUUGGUGAGAUACCAAGAUACAAUCAAGCUCCGAAAUGGCGUGAUGGACCUUCAGUAGAAAAGGAUGAAGGUGAAGCUGUCAGAGAUCACCAAAAUAUGACAUCUAGACACCGAGAGACAUGGAUCAGACCACCUACUCCACCUGGAUUCUGGAAAAUUGGAUUCCCAUCCACUCAAGAAAUCAGUGAGCAGAAUGAACAGGCUGAUCAGAUGCAAAGAGAGAAAGAAGAAAGGUUGAGGAGAGAAGUCUUGUAA